CCUUAGAAAACCUAACGCCCUCGCAUUAUAACUUCAGUCCUUAAGCAUUAGCCUCCUUUUCAACUCCACGGCGCAGAUCCGAGGAGUUUGUGAAUCUCUCGCUAUCUUCCAACGCUUUCUAAUCUUCUUCCAAUCCUUCGUUUCUCACUGAUCUACAGAUAUGGCUGGUUUGGCUCCGGAAGGUUCUCAAUUUGAUGCACGUCAAUAUGACACGAAAAUGAAUGAGUUACUUUCAGCUGAUGGACAGGAUUUCUUCACCUCAUAUGAUGAAGUUUACGAUAGUUUUGAUUCUAUGGGCCUGCAAGAAAAUCUUCUCAGAGGCAUCUAUGCCUAUGGUUUUGAGAAGCCAUCUGCAAUUCAGCAAAGGGGAAUUGUUCCUUUUUGCAAAGGGCUUGAUGUGAUCCAACAAGCCCAGUCUGGAACUGGGAAGACUGCAACUUUUUGCUCUGGCAUUUUGCAACAACUUGAUUACGGUGUUGUGCAAUGCCAGGCUUUGGUCCUGGCACCCACUAGGGAACUUGCACAACAGAUUGAGAAGGUUAUGCGAGCCCUUGGUGAUUAUCUUGGUGUGAAGGUUCAUGCUUGUGUUGGUGGGACAAGUGUACGUGAAGAUCAACGCAUUCUCCAAGCUGGUGUUCAUGUGGUUGUUGGUACACCUGGUCGUGUGUUUGAUAUGUUACGUAGACAGUCACUUCGUCCCGACUACAUUCGGAUGUUUGUGUUGGAUGAGGCUGAUGAAAUGCUUUCUCGUGGAUUUAAGGAUCAGAUUUAUGACAUUUUCCAGCUGCUGCCAUCCAAGAUUCAGGUCGGGGUCUUCUCUGCUACAAUGCCUCCUGAAGCCCUUGAGAUCACCAGGAAGUUCAUGAACAAGCCUGUUAGAAUUCUUGUAAAGCGUGACGAGCUCACUUUGGAAGGUAUCAAGCAGUUCUAUGUCAAUGUUGACAAGGAAGACUGGAAGCUUGAGACUCUUUGUGAUCUUUACGAGACUUUGGCCAUCACCCAGAGUGUUAUCUUUGUCAAUACUCGACGUAAAGUUGAUUGGCUCACUGAUAAGAUGCGAAGCCGUGACCACACCGUAUCUGCUACUCAUGGUGACAUGGACCAGAACACCCGAGACAUUAUUAUGCGUGAGUUCCGAUCGGGUUCUUCUAGGGUUCUGAUCACCACUGAUCUAUUGGCCCGUGGUAUCGAUGUCCAGCAGGUUUCUCUCGUUAUUAACUAUGAUCUGCCGACACAACCGGAGAAUUACCUUCAUCGUAUUGGAAGAAGUGGACGUUUUGGAAGGAAAGGUGUUGCGAUCAACUUUGUAACGACGGAGGAUGAAAGAAUGCUAUUCGACAUUCAGAAGUUCUACAAUGUGGUAAUUGAAGAGCUGCCCGCUAAUGUUGCUGAUCUCCUGUGAGAAGGGAAGGGAAGGGAAGGGGAAAUAUUGUGGUAGAGAUUGAGGCGUGGUUUUCUCGUUGAAGUACUCAAGCUUUUUUCAACCUCUUUUAUCUUUUUGCUCUCUACUUUUUUAGUGUCUUAAAUUAAAAUAUUCUUGAACCUAUCUGACCUUGGAAAAUGGUGUGCUCUACACCACUGCAAUAUAAAAGAUUGUCAAAUUGCCUUUCUGGUAAAUUAUGGGCCUUUUUGUUUCUGUUGGGGUUUUGUAUUGUAUUUGAGGUUUUUUUCUGUUGCCUUUUUUUCCAAGUUAUAAAAAAAAACUCGGUUGGUUGUCUUUGCAA